AUGGACAGAAUCUCAUUUCGUCGGCGUUUCCAAUACCUACAGUACCGCUAUAACCGAAAGACUAUUCUUGUUGGAGUGGCGGUGGCCGUUCUUGUAAUUUUGGUAAUAAUUGGCCUAACUUUGGGCCUAGUCUUUGGUCUACAAAGAAGUUGUGAGUUCAAAACACUCUUUACAAAUUGUCACGUCAUUUUCUCUCUAAUCCAGAAUUUAUUGUCCAUUUUUUAGCCAAGAAAGACGAUCCGCCUCCAGCGACAAAGCAGACCAAAUUAUUGACCGUUUUCCCCGUUGGCGAAAGGGACAAAACGGCGAGAAAAAAACGCGAUGCCAAUUAUAUUUUUACUGAAGACGACCAAAGUGAGGUGCGUGGUAACAUAUUGCUGCAGUUCGGGGGUUUUCAGAGACUUUCAGGUUUUCGUGGUGGGACCAAAAAGUUUUUUGGUCCUACCACGAAAACUUGAAAUAGCUAUUUUUGGGAAAUUCUAGAGCUAGUGGGAACGCACUGAUUCAUUUGCGCUAUUCAAAAUAACUAUUUGACUAAUUUACGGCAAAUGUUUGAGUCCCACCACGAAAACCCUGAAGAUCAGGGGAACUCUUUCAAAACGCAGAAAACCCUUGACGAUUAAUUUUCAGGUCGAAACCGUUCUCCUGAAAGCUCUGGAGAGGCUGAACGGAAGUUUUGCGGACCAACAAUUGAUCGUGGAGUUGGUCCCUUAUAGUGAAACUGUAAUAAAAAACGAACUGGCGCUUCUGGAGACUCUAGAAUCUGUUAAGAACAAAAUUCAGAGUGUUUACAAAAAGAAGUUUGUCAUUCGAAACGAGCCUUCACAGAAUACGUAAGCUUUUUUGGACAAAAUUUAUUGCAAUAGCCAGAAGUCAAGUAUAAUAUAAAAAAUUACAGAGCAGUCAGCUUUAUUCAAACUAAUCGGAGUGACACAAAUUCUGACGACAGUCGGAUGUUGCUGUUUGCGCCGCCAGCAGCGCUCUACAGGUGAGAUUGAAAGUUUUGUAAUUUGGCGAGCUGCGCCCUGAAGUUCGCAAAAGAUACCCGUAUUUACGCUCUUUUUAGACAAAAUGGGAUACUUUUGAGCUCAGUUAGAACUAAAAUACUCGUUGUAACCAUAUUUAUGGUCUUGCUGAACAUUUAUAUUAUUGGCGAGCUGCGCCCACGCUUCGAUAAAACUACCGUAUUUUUUCAAAAUUUUGAGCGUAUUGUAUUUGAAAUCGAUUGUUCAUCUUAAAUCCUAAUAUUUGUUUGGUUUUUUAUAGCAUUUCUGCCGAGCUGCGGCCGAUAUUUCCCUAUUUUUUCAUUUUUUCCUCCUAAAAUUAUUCCUUUUCGUAUUUUAGCACACUCGAUAAACUUCGAGAUGAUCGACAGGCAGUUGGAAAACAAUUAAAAAAUGUGAAACAACUAGUUCUAGUCAGCACUGACAAGGAUCCCAAGAUGAAAGAAGAAUAUGGCCUGAGUGACUCGGAUGCCACAGUAAUCGAGGAUGCGGCGAAUAAUAUUGACAAAAUUGUUGAGAAAAUCGGUAGGUGAAUUUUUUAGAGGAAAAAAUGGAAAUUGUACGAAGAUUAAGACUUCUUGAGUCCCACAACGAAAACCCUGAAAUUCAGGGGAAUGGCUGGAUUUUUUUCUGAAAACGAGUAACAAAGGGUAAAAUACAUCGAAACACUGCUGCUUUAAAAUUUCAGACUCAAAAAACAUUUCAAAAAACAUUGUUUACUCCCUAAAAAUUAUUCAUUUUGGGUCCCGCCACGACAAUUUUGAAAAUUCAGAACCGCAAAAAUUUAGCGUAAAAACAACUAAAAAGUUGUAAAAUACGGCGUUGGGCAGGAUGUCUAAUAAUUUCAGCCUGAAAUAAACCUUUUUCUCGUAGUUUCUGAGUCCCACCACGAAAACCCUGAAAAUCAGGGAAAUUUGAAAUUUUGCUGAAAUACCAAAACCCAUCGACAAAAUACGAGAGAUCACAUCUUAUAGAGUAAUUUCAGAUCCAAAAAGGCCGUUCUUCCCUCCGGCAACAACACCAUCAGAGGAGAUCGAAACCACGACCAGUCCGCCCGAAUCCGCGGAGCUGGUUGAUGACGAAGUUGUGCGGAUAAAACGCUAUGCCAAACUUCCUGAAGCUACGAAACACUCAAAUUCAGAGAAAGAGGUCCUCAUCGAAGACUACGAUUCCAAUUCUAAACUGCGUCGGUGA